AGUCAUUAAAAACUUCUCAAGGCGAACAGAUUAGUUCUGACGAGUUUCGACAAUUGAUGGAAAUAUUUUGGCUUUUUUUAGUGGAAAAGAUUAAGGGUUUUUCGUUUAGGAUUUUUUUUUGAUUCAAUUUGAAUCAGCAUCACAAAAUGAAUACCAGUGCAACGUUCGAAGGAGCAGCAUAUUUUACUGCCCUAGAUUACAGCGUAUUCAUUGUACUUUUAUUAUGUUCUUUGGCAAUUGGAAUCUAUUUUGGGUUUUUCUCGAAAGAACUCAACACUGCAGAAGAUUAUCUGGUUGGCGGUCAUAACAUGAAAGUUUUUCCAAUUGCUGUAUCGCUUAUGGCCAGUCAACUUUCAGCCAUAGCAAUAAUUUCGAUACCAGCUGAGAUAUAUUCCUUUGGAUGGCAGUACAUGCUCAUUUUGCCAGCUUUGUUCUUCGUCACAAUCGUAACAAAUUACGUCAGUUUGCCUGUUUUUUAUUGCAACAACAUUGAAAAUUGUUAUGCGUACUUGGAAAUGAGAUUCGGAAAAAUAACUCGAAAACUGCUGACGAUACUAUAUAUUGCUCUGAGUCUUUUCUUUUUACCAUUGAUCAUGUACAUUCCUGCUCUGGCAUUCGUCGAAGUAACGAAGCACAACAUUCAAACGGUUAAUAUAAUCGUCUCAUACAUUUGCGUCAUUUACACAUUGCUUGGUGGAAUAAAAGCCGUCGUUUGGACUGAUGUACUGCAAGCUUCCGUCAUGGUCUCGUCAGUUGUGCUAGUUGCUAUUCUUGGUGUUUAUAAAACGGGUGGUUUGGGUGAAGUUUGGAACCGUGCUGUUGAGGGUGGUCGUAUAUUUCCGCCCGAUAUGUCAUUGUCCUUAACAAAGAGAAUAACAUUUUGGAAUUCAAUUAUUCCUGCACUUCUGAUGUGGACCUGUCAUGUGAGCUUCCAUCAAAACUGUGCACAACGUUUGGUAUCGUUGCCAACAUUGCAGAAAGCGAAACAGUCGAUGAUUAUAUUUUUCAUUGGUGUUGUAUUCAUUAUGGGUUUCAAUUGUGCCACUGGAUUGAUUAUGUAUUCAUUCUAUUAUGGUUGCGAUCCCGUGAAGGCGCAUAUAGUGACCAAAUAUGAUAAGCUGAUGCCUAGAUUUGUUGAAGAUGUUGCGGGCCAUAUACCUGGAAUGCCUGGUAUUUUUAUUAGCUGCGUCUUUAGUGCAUCUCUUAGUUCUGUGUCAGCUGGGCUGCAUGCAGUUUCCGGUGUGAUCUACGGUGAUUAUGUUCGACCACUUAAAUUAUUUGCACAUACCGAUGCCAAUGCAAAUCUCGCGAUGAGAAUUCUCAUUUUCUUGCUGGGAAGUGUUUGUGCAUUUGGUGGUGUGAUUGUCGAACGGUUUCAGUCGAUGUUUCAGAUUAUGAACACGGUUGCUGGUACGGCGACUGGUGCUAAAUUCGGUGUAUUUACCAUUGGCAUGCUGUACCCUUGGGCCAAUCAAAAGGGUGUCAUUUCUGGUAUCAUCAUCAGUGUGGCCGUUGUUGCAAUGAUAAUCAUAAACACACAAUACCACAUUGCCCAAGGAAAAUUGAAGUAUAAUGUGAUACCAACGUCAAUCGAUAAAUGUAGCAACGAAACCCUCUCCCACAUUCCCCAUUCGGCUUUGACACCGCCAAAUAUUGAAUCAGACGAUAGUUUUGCCUUUUACAAAAUUUCGUUUCAAUGGUAUUCUUUGAUUGGCACUGUUAUGUUUUGGAUUCCCGCUGUAAUUGUAUCGCAUUUAACUGGUGGUCAAGACCUCAGCAAAUUCAAUAUAAAACUGCUGUCGCCAUUCAUUCAAAAGAUGUUACCAAUGAAAUAUCGCCAUACUGAGCUGACAACAAUCGAAAAGAAGAUGUCAAAUUUGGACAGAGAAGCCAACGGAGAAGCGCUAAAACAAGAAAUGACUGAAUUAAUUACACAAAAUAACAGAAAAGUAACGCUAUAAAUUCAGCGACGUAGUUUACACAUUUUCCCUAGAAUUAUUGUUAAGUACAAAGUGUAGUCAUAUAAAAUUUUAUUAAAAUUCCAAGAAAA